GUGAAUGGCCCGCUAUCGAUCCACAAUUUAAUCCGUUUGCUUUUAAUUUUGUCAUUUCUGUUGUUUCGUGCAACAACGCCGGCUUUCAAAAAGAAAAACAAAAAAUUCAAGCUCCUAAAAGUCGACUCUGAAUUGUGGCUAAUUUUUUUUUUUUUUACUAUUUUCGAUAACACAAAUUUCACGAUAACAUCGUGAUAUUCGACGUUGAACCAACAUUAGAACGAAAUUAGUGCGACGUUAGAGCGAAAAUCGUUUUUUUUUUGUUUUCAAUUAAUCGUCCAACGCUAAUCCACCAUUUUUAUUUACAUAAAUUUGCCGCACUCUGAUAUCGCCGAUUCGCAGCGCUACGCUUUUAUCGCGUUAUCAACGUCCGCUCCAGUAACUUUCAUAACCUGUUUUGCCUGUUUUACAUUUCUACCACAAAUCUCUAACACGCACGUCGAUAAUUAUUUGUUUAGUUGAUAUUCGGUCUCACGUGUGGAAGUGAGGUUAGACACGCGAACUGUGUUUUUAGAAAAUUUUGGUUCUAAAAAGAAAAAAAAAGGAUGUACAUGAGAAGCGUAAGCCGGAGUGCCAGUCCGCGAAGACCAAGAGUGGUGGAUGAAGGGAUGCGGGAUUCGCGUUCUAGAUCAAGGUCACGAAAAUCCCGUGAGAGAAAAGAGGCUCACAGGCCGGUAAAACAGGAUUAUUCAAGAUCACGAAGCCGUUCGCUCUCCAGAGGUCGCAAACCAUACAGAGGAGCAAAAUAUGCAAAUGCUAGUCACCGUGCUAAUAGUCGCAGUCGAAGUAGAUCUCCGUAUAGAGGAGGACGUUAUUCGAGGAGCCGAUCUCGGUCAUACUCACGAUCCCGAUAUUCUCGUGAAAGGGAAAGGGAUAGGACCAUAUAUCGAUCGCACUCUCGUAGCCCAAUGUCUUCCAGAAGGCGCCACAUCGGCAACCGGGAUAAUCCACGUCCCUCUCAUUGUCUUGGUAUUUUUGGACUCUCUAUUUACACAACUGAGCAACAAAUUCAUCGCAUCUUCUCUGAAUAUGGCCCUGUUGAACGUGUUCAAGUGGUUAUCGAUGCUAAGACUGGACGAUCAAGGGGCUUCUGCUUUGUAUAUUUUGAAUCAAUUGAAAAUGCCAAAGUAGCGAAAGAACAAUGUUCAGGUAUGGGAAUUGACGGGCGAAGAAUAAGAGUCGAUUUUUCGGUGACGCAACGCGCGCACACACCCACACCUGGUAUUUACAUGGGAAAACCAACGCAUCUUCAUGACAGAGCUCUCGACAGUCGGGAAGGUCCGAGACGUAGAGAAUCUCGGAACAGGAGUACGAGCUAUCGAGGAAGUUAUCGCCGGUCUCCAAGUCCGUAUUCCUCCAAUCGUCGUAGAUCGCGUUACGAUCGUUCGAGGUCACGCUCGUAUUCACCACGUAAGUCCAUUCAUGCAAUGUCUAGUAAUUCUAUACAAUAUAGAUAGUUUAAUUAAUCUAAGCUUCCGCUUUGUCGAACAGUGACCAUACCUUUAAGAUUUAUGAUAUUAAGGAAUCGCAAAACCAAUAAGUAAUAACAAAACCCGGCGAACAAGGGGUGGGAUACGCGGAAAAAUAUUACGCUUGAAAGAAGACAUUAAAACCUGGGUUACGAGACGUAAAAUUAGGCGAACCACGCACUCGAGCACUCGACAUGAAAAUUUAUUCUCGAAAUAUUGAUUUCAAAUUCCGUGUUUAAUUUAUUUCUCAUUUUUUUUUCUCCGUUUAAAUCUCGUAGAAAAAGAAUUGAAAUUUAGACACGAGGACUAAUGUGAUCUUCCUACAUUUCCAUGUUGAAAAAAGGUCAGUCGAGACGAAAUAUCAUGUUUCUUUUCGUUGCUUAAUGAAUUUCAGGUCGAUAUUAAAAGUGACACACGAGUGUGAUGCGCGAGAGGCCGGGUAUUGGGAGCCCAUUUGUGUGUGACCCUUUGACCUUCCCACCUUAUUGAACCCCCUCCACCCUCAUUAAUUUCUUCUAAUUGUGUUUUUGGGGGUCAAUUAUAGACACGCUACAUUCUAACUGAUUUUCCGCCUUACGUAAAUCUGCAUUGUUCGCUAUUUUAUUAUCGAGACAACAAAAAAUCUCACUACAAAACAAGCAUUUUGUGUUUCAAUAGUUUUACACGAAAAAACGGACUUUGCUGCGUGAACGAUAAAAAUAAUUGACUGCAGAGAUUUUGUGUUAUAGCGAGCUCUGUGGAGAGUACCGUGAGGUUGGAAUCAAGAAACCUUAUUUUCAUAAAAAAUGUAUUAAAAAUCAACAAAAACAUACAUUGCUCGUUUGUUUUCUCUCACUUUAUGGAGAUAAGGUUGAAGUUUGAAAUAAAAACUAUAUUCUUAUGGCUAUAAUGUAAAGGUUGGAAUACAAUUGGUAAAUCACACUUGGUUCUCAAACUCCUAUGUUUCCAUUCAAGUUUGUCAAAAGUUGGAAACAAAAUUAGAUUCUCUCGUUGUAUUCCAACCGAGAAACCAGCUUAAAUGGCGCUAAUAUUACUACUAGCGCUAUUAAACUGGAUAAUGUGGUAUAUAUUUCCUAGUGCAUAAACAAAUUUAUUACGGAAACAAUAGAGUAUCUUAAAAAAAAAAAAAUUAAAAAAAAAAAAGAAAAGAAAAAAAAUACAUUAUAGAAAACAAACACUUACAAAACAUUAAUAAACCUGGUAAAACAGUUGUAAGUUUCUCUAACAUGUCUUGUUUGUUUAUAAGGUUUUGAAUCAAGAGGUAUUGGAUGAUAGAGGGAAGUUUGAAGUUUCACAAAUGAAAAAAAAACAAUCUGAAAAAAGUUUUGAAAAAAAUGGUUCGAAGACAAGAAUUUACACUUCUGAAGAUUUUUCGCAUCUGUUGCUCGCAAUAAUCAAGAAAAUCCGAAGGGGUUUUAUCGCGCUUGUGACAAAGAAUAUGAUCCAAAUCCCCGUUCAUUUGCGGCCGUCAAGUGGUCAAGCUUAGAAGAGCUCUACGAGGUCCAAAAACAUACAAAAAAAUCACAUACAAAAAAACGCAAAAAAUAUCACACCUGAACAAGCUUCAAGAGAAAUAUCGAAAAAAACCCGUUUGCUGACAGAAGAGAGUCGGUCGUCGGGGGACGACCGGCGUGUGUGCAAUUUAAGAACGAAACGGUUUUGACAAAAAAUGGAAGAUCUCGUCGGAAUAUGUCGUUCGUUUAUACUGCUUUGUUAAAUUAUGGAUUAUUUUAGGUCGGUGAGCUUUAACGGGCUCUCGAACAAAUUCUGUACUCGAUCAUAUUCUUUAUCAGUUGAAGUGUCGUUCGACGAUUUUUAUAAUAAAAUCGAUUCUUUCAACUUUUUAUUUAUAAAAACGCAAAAAAAAGAGUAUGAAGGAAACAAAAAAUGCAAAAUAAAUAAAGGGUAUGAUGAAACCUCAUCCCAUCCCUCCACCAUCCCAAACCUCCGUUCCUAAUAAAUUUGUAAAAUUGAUAUUUGCAUUGUUCGAAUGCAACAGGAAAUUGUGUAUUUCAAUUUUAUCCUAUUUCUAAAGUAUCUAUUUAUUUGCAGAUUUCACCUGUUUAUUUCAUAAAUGAACAAGUUUUUAAAUAUCAAUGUAACAUCACUGAACUAAAAAACAUUGAGAUCGGAUAUUGCGUUCUAACAAUGCUAAAUUCAACGACAUGUGAACUUACUGUUUUCAUGUAUUUUUACUUUUCUUUGAACGUAGUAUUAGGUGUACCAUCGUUCAGCAGUCAAUAAAAAUACGUUGACUAUAAUAAACGAAAGAAAAAAAAUUAAAGAACACCAACGAUUGUGCUACAAUUAUUCACCCGUAAUUGUAAUUUCGCUAUUGUUUCGAACCAUUUUGUCAAAUAUAUAUUAUAUAAAGGAAUGCAAUAAAUAAAGAAAUAUGUAUA